GUGACCUGAUGUUACAAAAAACAUAGUUUUCUUCCAUACAAAUAAUUACCUCAAUCAUUUUUUUCAACUCUAGAAAUUUCUUCUAAGUUCAAUAACUAAAGAUUGUAGUUUUUGGAAACAAAUUGAGUGGAUUGUGAGUUAGUAUGCUAUAUGUUUUUUUCUUAGUUAAUAUGUUACUUCGUGAAUAAAAUGUUGGGUAAUUUCCCUACUUUUGAUUAGUCUGUUGGUUUUUUCUCCUAAAGAAGGGAGAAUUAAAAAAAUAAAUAAAAAGCUUUUAUAGAUUAAAGAUAUGUCAGGCAAUGAGCAAAACCAAGAUGUUCUUCAACAACAGCUCAAAGGAAAGAAACUUUCUGGGGAGACGUUAAAGCGAUACGACUCCUUAGACUUGGAAUCUAGCAAGAUCCCUGAGGCUAAAAAGGCAUUAGAAUGGUCAGUGAUAUUGAAGUUGGCGUUUCAAAGCAUAGGGGUGGUGUAUGGAGAUAUUGGAACAUCACCAUUGUAUGUGUUUUCAUCCAUUUUCCCAAAUGGUGUAACAUAUGAAGAAGAUAUACUUGGUGCACUCUCUCUUAUUUUGUACACUAUCACCUUGAUUCCUGUCAUCAAGUAUGUCUUCAUUGUUCUCCAAGCUAACGAUAAUGGAGAUGGAGGUACAUUUGCCUUGUAUUCAUUGAUAUGUCGAUAUUCAAAAGUGGGAUUAAUUCCAAGUCAACAGCCAGAGGACAAAGAUGUGUCAACUUUUAAACUUGAUUCGCCAGAUAGACGCACACGCCGGGCUUCAAAGCUUAAAUCCAUGUUAGAAAACAGCAAUUUUGCAAAGUUUUUUAUGUUAAUUGCCACAAUGCUUGGUACUUCCAUGGUUAUUGAGGACGGCGUCCUCACUCCCUGCAUUUCAGUUUUAUCUGCUGUUGGAGGACUUAAAGCAGCAGCUCCCUCGGCCCUGACUCAAGGAAGACUUGUUUGGAUUGCAGUAGCCAUUUUGAUAUUGUUGUUUAUGUUUCAAAGAUUUGGAACUGAAAAAGUUGGCAACACUUUUGCGCCUGUACUUUGUGUGUGGUUCCUUUUCAUUGCUGGUAUUGGCAUUUACAACUUCGUCAAGUACGAUCCAACUGUUAUCAGAGCUCUUAAUCCUAAAUACAUCAUAGAUUAUUUCAAGAGAAACAAAAAGAAUGCCUGGAUUUCUCUAGGCGGAGUUGUUAUGUGCAUAACAGGAGGCGAAGCACUAUUUGCAGAUGUUGGUCAUUUUAGUGUUCAAUCUGUUCAGAUAAGUAUGUGUUGUGUGACAUACCCUGCGCUCAUAUUAGCAUAUCUCGGUCAGGGUGCCUUUUUAAGGAAGCACAUUGAUGAUGUUUCUGAUACUUUCUACAAGUCCUUACCUUAUAGUAUAUAUUGGCCAGUAUUUGCAGUGGCAGUGUUGGCGGCCAUCAUUGCAAGUCAAGCAUUGAUUUCUGGGACUUUUGCUAUAAUCCAGCAAUCCCUGGCGCUAGGAUGCUUCCCUCAGGUUAAAAUUUUGCAUACAUCAACCAAAUAUCAUGGACAAAUUUACAUUCCUGAAGUCAAUAACCUUCUCAUGUUGGCUUGUGUCAUUGUCACUCUUGCAUUCAGGACCACCGAGAAGCUAAGCAAUGCUUAUGGAAUAGCAGUUGUGUUUGUGAUGACUCUAACUUCGGGCUUCCUCGUACUAGUUAUGAUCAUGAUUUGGAAAACUCACAUUCUUUUUGUAAUUGUCUAUGUUCUAAUCAUUGGCACGUUUGAGCUCAUCCUCCUAAGCUCAGUCCUUUACAAGUUCAAUCAAGGUGGUUACCUUCCACUGGCCUUUGCCAUGUUCCUAAUGUUUAUCAUGUAUGUAUGGAACUAUGUGUAUCGAAAGAAGUACCACUUCGAGCUAGAACACAAGAUCUCUCCCUUAAAAGUUAAAGAAACAGUGGAUGAAACAAACUACCAUCGCCUACCCGGACUUGCAAUCUUCUAUUCUGAACUUGUUCAUGGAAUUCCACCAAUCUUCAAGCAUUAUGUGGAGAAUGUGCCUGCGUUACACUCUGUCCUCGUGUUUGUUUCCGUUAAAUCACUGCCUAUAAGCAAAGUGCCCGUAGAGGAACGUUUCCUCUUCCGUAGGGUGAAGCCGCCUGAUCUCUAUGUAUUUCGAUGUGUGGUGAGAUAUGGAUACAAUGAUAAGCGCAACGAGGAAGAGCCCUUCGAGAGAUUAUUGGUGGAGAGGCCGAAGGAAUUUAUACGAGACGAUUCAGUGCUUUCCAUAAAUGCAUCAAAGUGUAACAGAGUAUCAACAGAGCAGUGCAAUGUGGAAUUGGAAAGUGAUUGUGACAUACACGAGGAUGCUAAAUUUUUAGUGGAUAGAGAUAUAGAAGUGGUGGAAAAAGCUUUUAGUAUUGGAGUUCUUCAUUUUAUAGGGGAACAAGAUGUUAUUGCAGGCAAAGGGUCUAAUAUUGCAAAAAGAUUUGUCAUUGAUUAUGCUUUCAAUUUCUUGAAGCGAAAUUUGAGGCAAAGUAGCAAAGUUUUAGACAUACCUCACAAACGCAUGUUAAAAGUCGGAAUGAUAUGUGAGCUUUAGCAAGGAAAUCUUAGUAGCUCAAUUGGUUGCCUAAACUUUCUCUUUAUCGGUGAGAGUUCGAUUCUCUACCUUGUAAUCACUUUAAUCAGUUAUUAGUUCAAAUUUAGUUGAAAGGAGAUGAAGGAGAAGCAUUCAACAUAUGUGCUACCCUCAUCUCCAUCCGUCCGAAGGUCUUAGACUUGUAAAUUUCUUGUUUUAUGUAACAGGUUUUGUAUGUUUAAAUUAGUAUAAUUUGAGAGAAUGUAACAAUGUAGGGAAAGCAUUAGUGCAGCAUUUUGUUUUGUAC